ACAAACACACAUAGCCAGUCUCUAGCUUAUUCCUCCACUCACCCUCAGAUCAGCCCAGCCUCCAUUGCUUUUUUCAAUUCCACAUCUCUCUCUCUCUCUCUCUGGGUCUUGUUGUUCGGAGAGAGGGAGCCAGCGGGUGAAGUGUUUGCUCGGUGCCGCCGCUUCAGAGGAGUAGAGCUGUUUAUUCAGCUGAUGAAUGACGGACAAAAACGGAGAGAAGGAUGAACAGAUCAACAGAGCCACGAGUGAAUGAAUGAAUGAACGGAUCCACACCUGGACUUUUCCCAGAGUACCUAACCAGUGAGAAGACACACAAACGAUUUGGACGUCAGCCUACCUCGAGCCGACCCAGUAUAGACCCCAGCGGAGACCAGUAAAGGCCUGGCUGCAUCAGCAGAGAUAUCUCCAGCAGCCAUGUCUGUGCCGCCAUCCUCUCUCACCUCCCUCCACCCCUCCGGCCUCCCCUCCUCCCUCAAAUGCUUCCUCCUCGCUUCCUUUCUGCUCCUGUCAUGUCCUGGAUCGGUCCAUGCAGGUUCACCUGAGACAAACUGCUCAGCUGUUGGAGACCCCUGUCAGGAAGGGGUGGUACUGCCUGUGUGGAAUCCUCAGAACCCCUCUGUAGGGGACAAAGUGGCACGGGCCAUUGUUUACUUCGUAGCACUCAUCUAUAUGUUCCUGGGCAUGAGCAUUAUAGCGGACCGGUUUAUGUCGUCUAUAGAGGUCAUAACAUCCCAAGAGAAGGAGAUCACCAUAAAAAAGCCAAAUGGUGACACCACCACGGCUACAGUCAGGAUCUGGAAUGAAACUGUUUCUAAUCUCACUCUAAUGGCCUUGGGCUCUAGUGCCCCCGAGAUACUGCUGUCUGUUAUUGAGGUGUGUGGUCACAAUUUCGAAGCUGGCACCCUGGGUCCCAGCACCAUUGUGGGUAGUGCUGCCUUCAACAUGUUCAUCAUCAUCGCCCUGUGUGUGUACGUGGUUCCUGAUGGAGAGACACGCAAAAUCAAACACCUGCGGGUGUUUUUUGUCACUGCAGCAUGGAGUAUCUUUGCCUACAUCUGGCUCUACCUAAUUCUGAGUGUCUUCUCGCCUGGAGAGGUGGAGAUAUGGGAAGCCGUGCUGACCUUCCUCUGCUUCCCCCUCUGCGUGGUCCAGGCCUGGGUGGCUGACCGCCGCCUUCUCUUUUACAAGUAUGUCCACAAGCGUUACCGUGCUGACAAGACCCGCGGCAUCAUCAUUGAGACCGAAGGAGGGGCAGAUGGAGGGAUAGGAGGCAUGGACAUAAGAGGAGGGGGUCUGGGAGGGUUCACCAAAAUGGAUAUGUUGGAGCUGGAUGGACAGAUGGCACUGAACUGUCACAGUGGGAUGGAUGGAGGAAUGAUGGAAGAGGGAGGAGCAAAGGAUGAGGAGGACGAGGCCAGGAGGGACAUGGCGAGGACGCUGAAGGAGCUGAAACAGAGGCACCCGGAUAAAGACAUGGAGCAGCUCAUUGAGAUGGCGAAUUAUCAGGUCCUGAUGCAGCAGCAGAAGAGCAGAGCAUUCUACCGCAUCCAAGCAACCAGGAUGAUGAUUGGAGCUGGCAACAUCCUCAAGAAGCACGCUGCCGACCAGGCUCGCAAAUGUGUGGGGUGCGGACAUGAGAUUCAGGCCCAGGAGGACGACCCUCACACCAUCAGGAUGGAAUUUGAACCCUCCUUGUACCAGUGUUUCGAAAACUGUGGCUCCCUGAAACUGACUGUAGCCAGGCAUGGAGGAGACCCUGGAGUUACUGUCAAGGUGGAUUAUCGCACAGAGGAUGGCACAGCAAAUGCGGGUUCGGAUUAUGAGUUUGCAGAGGGAACACUGCUGUUUAAGCCCGGAGAGACCCUCAAAGAGAUCACAGUCGGAGUUAUUGAUGAUGACAUCUUUGAGGAAGAUGAGUAUUUCUACGUCCAUCUCAGUAACCCUCGAGUGGUUGGAUGCCCUGAGAUUGGCACUGCCCCUCUGGAUGCCAGUGCCACCCCCAAAGCUGUGCUGGGUGACAACCACACAGCCACAGUCACCAUUUAUGACGACGAUCAUGCGGGUAUCUUUACCUUUGAGAGUGCCAGUCAGAGGGUGAAUGAGAGCAUAGGUGUCAUGGAGGUGAAGGUGCUCAGGACUUCAGGGGCCCGAGGCCUGGUGGCUGUUCCUUAUCGAACCAUUGACGGCACUGCUAAAGGAGGGGAGGACUACGAACUAGCCGCUGGCAAGCUGGAGUUUCAGAAUGAUGAGACUAUGAAGAUUAUUGAGGUGAAGAUUAUCGAUGAUGAGGAGUAUGAGAAGAAUAAGACUUUCACCAUCGAGCUGGGGGAGCCUGUUCUGUUGGAAAUAGGACAGAAACAUGGCGACUCCAAUGAGAACAAGCCGUUGGUGGGAGCAGAGGAGGAAGAGGUGGCCAAGAUGGGCUGUCCCAGUCUGGGUGAACACACGCAAGUAGAGGUGGUAAUAGAAGAGUCCUAUGAGUUCAAGAGCACAGUAGAUAAGCUGAUCAAGAAGACAAACCUGGCCUUAGUGGUGGGCAGCAGCAGCUGGAGGGAGCAGUUUGUCAGUGCCGUGACUGUCAGCGCAGGAGAUGAUGAUGAGGAGGAGAGCGGUGAGGAGCGGCUGCCGUCCUGCUUUGACUACAUCAUGCACUUCCUCACAGUCUUCUGGAAGGUUCUGUUCGCUUUUGUCCCGCCCACGGAGUACUGGAACGGCUGGGCCUGCUUCAUCGUCUCCAUAUCGCUUAUUGGCGUCCUGACAGCAGUCACCGGAGAUCUGGCUUCACACUUUGGCUGCACAAUAGGGCUGAAGGAUUCAGUGACGGCUGUUGUGUUUGUGGCACUGGGAACAUCGGUGCCAGACACAUUUGCCAGCAAGGUCGCUGCCAUCCAGGACCAGUACGCUGAUGCCUCCAUUGGCAAUGUGACGGGCUCCAAUGCUGUCAACGUGUUCCUGGGCAUCGGUGUGGCGUGGACCAUUGCCGCCGUUGUCUGGCAGUCCAAAGGUGAACCAUUCAAGGUGGACCCAGGAAGCCUGGCCUUCUCCGUCACCCUCUACACCAUAAUGGCUGUGUUGAGUGUGGUCACGCUACUGUACCGGAGGCGGCCGACUGUGGCCGGCGGCGAGCUGGGUGGGCCGCGGACUUGCAAGUUGUUAACAUCGCUGCUGUUCAUCAUGCUCUGGUUGAUUUACAUCCUGCUGGCUUCACUGGAGGCCUAUUGCCAUAUAACAGGGUUUUAGAUGGAGAGGAGAGGGGAGGGAUAGAGACCCACUGUCAAUAUGAAGAGAGACAGAAAGCGAUGGGGACUCUUCAUAAAAGAACAGGGGCUACAGGUGGAUCACUAUGGCUGAUUCUGAUAUUUCUAAGGGAUCAACAUGUCCAGAUUUCAUUUUUUAAAUGUGCAAAAUACAGAUUUUUUUGUUAAAAACAUCUUUUUCCUGACAAAUUCUAUCAACCAUUAUGAACAUUUGUUCUCUCCAAUUAUUUUUCUUAGCACUGACAGCUCUGUAUAGGCACAGAGAUCCAACCAUCUAUCCAGUGACAAAGAAACUUGGAAAUACAAAGCCUGUAAAUUAAGAAUUACUUAAUUACAAAAAAACUGCAAUGCAGACUUUAAAGAGCUGACAUUGUUCCUGUAUACUGGCAAACCAGCAGGAGAGAAGAAGACACAAACAGCAAGAAGAGCUGUCAGCCAAUCAGCUGGGCUCUGAGAGGACAAAUGAAAAAGAGAAGGAAGAAAAGGGGGAAAAAUUGAGAGAGGAAGCUGGAGGUGACUGAACUAGGGAAAAGAGAAAGUCUGGAGAACAACUAGAGAAAAAGAAGACAAGGAAAAAAGUAAAAGAAGAAGAAUGGAUGGGCAAAAAAAAUUCUACGCCCCCUCCUGACACUUUCGACUUUUUUCUGUUGUACCUGUAUCUCGUCUCCAUGGGAACUGUGGAUCCUCCCACCCUACAUAUUGAACUCUAUCUGAUACUAUUAGUGACUUCUGACUUUUAACGCCCCCUCCCCUAAAUGUACACACACACAAACACACAGAAACCUUGGUGCCCUCAGGUGAUUCUAGAGCAGAGGACCAGCCACCAACUUCUGAGCAAAAUGAAAACUGACAAGCAGUUUUUUCUAUAUUGUGUCUCUUUUUGAACUCACUGUGCAAAAUUAUCUUUCCACCAUGGACACACAUGGACACACACAAUACUGUACACUGUCCUGCAAACAUUCUUCAGAGUGCACACACGUCCCUCCCUCUCACCUUACUCUUACCUCCCCUGUAGGAACUGUUUUAAAGUUGUGAUAAUGAAAUGCUGUAGUCAACCCUCUUUUUUAUUUUAACCAAUCUCAAGCUCCUCUCUAUUUUAUCUUGUGAAAGAAACCUAACCCUGCCUCCCUUUUUUCUAGACUUUUAAAUGGCGUCACGUGUUGAUGUUGUUACUGUGCAAUUGUUACAAAAAAAUUGUAAAUACUGUAUGAUUAGAAAGGAUGAAGAAAGUUUUCAGUUACGUGAGAUGUGACUUGGACUGACAUAACAGAUUAGCGCCAGGAAGAAAUCUCAAAAGUGGGAUGGAGAAACAAAGGAAAUUAAAAUGAGAAAGUCUUGGAGCUCCAGGGAGCAAGCAUUCCACCUCAUGAUAGUCGUUGUGCACUACACAUUCUGAACUACACUGUUUACACUAAAGUUUCAUUAAAAUCAUGGGGAAAUGUGAGCAGCUGCAGCCAAGCAGGAAAUGAUGUAACACCAAGAGACGUCAAUAAACCAGACACAUGAAGGAUCUGACUGGCUGUCACCAUGACAACAACUGUGAAGACGUUGCUUGUGACAGUGAUUUGACAACAAAUCGAAACUAUGACUAUACUCGGUGUUUCUAAGUGUAUGUAAUAAUAUAAGAAAAUUACUGAUCUGUGUGCAAAAACGAUAUUUAAUAUAUUUUAAGUCUGACUCUUUGUAGGGGAAACCCUGGACGAAGACCAGAAAGAUCCAAACACCCUUUUCAAGAAGACAUUUUUGGAAAUCUAUCACAAGGGAAAAAGGUGGUUAACAUAAAUCCUUGGAUGCCUCACAGACAGAGAGAAGAGUAGAAUAUUAAGGGAAAUGUAUGGCAGCUCUGAAAUAUCACAAUGGGCAUUUCUUUGUACCCAAAACACCAAACAGGAGUCUUUGUUUUCCAGUGAACAUUGUCACAGAUUAAGUCACAGGUAAAAAAAAACAAACAUUCAUUUUCAGUGUGCAGUUAUACCUUGCAGAUAUCGUACAAGUACCACAAGCUGCAAGUUGUAGUGAAAAAUAAUACUCAUUCAUAAAGCUACACAGCUAAAUGUGCUAAAUUAUUAUGGAUAUGAGCCUGUUUUGAAAAUGGUGCUAUUUAUUUUGUUUUUGUGCAAAGGUCUGUCAUUAGAUGUGAUGUGCGUAAAAAUUAGUGAGAUAUCAGAAUAGCUAAAAAUGAGAACAUGCCACAUAUCACAGGAAACCCACUAGUCUGUUGUCCUCCAUCUGUGAAAGUGUUCAAACCCGCAUUUACAUUAUGCUUGUGUUAACACCCUUGCUCUGCCCAAGGGCUGGACUGAGGCUGGACAGAAGGCAGAGCGUAUGGCUUAUCAGUGCAGAUAACUGGUAAAUGCAUUCCCCUUGUUAACAGCAGCGUAGAAGGUAGCGAGUGUUUUUUCUCUCAGCUGCCCACAAUGCUGAUUGUAAACUUAAAGGAAAAAUCCUCCUGAAAGAAAACAAGAAUUUUGCUUUUUGUUAUAGCACUGUUCAUUACGAGUAAAAUGGGACUGAAAAACACAAUUAACCUGCCCACGAUCCAUAUUGUUUAAUAUGGAUGAAUUGCCCACUGCUUUCAGCCUAAUGUAAAUGCAGGCUGUACAAAGCCAGCUCAGUCAAGACUGGGCUAAACAGGCGCAAGCUCGUCUGACGCAGCCUCACCAAGGUCAGCAGCUCUUGUACAAAUGGGAGAUAAGUGGGUGAUCUGGAGCAGAGAGGCAUUGAUCCAUGGGGAUACAAACGCUUGUAUGCAUUACUCUCUCCCCUCAAAUGUGACAUUAUAAAUACCACACCAGUUCCCUGCGCUUUCUGACAGCUAUAGAAGAAAAGAGAAUAGGAGGAGUUUGGCCACCUGCUCUGACGCUCUGUUUCCAAAAUAUACUUAACAUUGCUGUCAGGGAAUUAGACACAAUGGCAUGCCCAAAUUUCCACCUCACUGAGGAGCUGGCUUAAAGGAUAGUCCAGCAUGUUAGGUUUUUACUAUGAUUUUCAAAAUACUGAGGAGAUAAAUUUUGAUGCGAACUGCAGCAAUUUGAGUGUAGUAGCUUAACUGCCUCAGUGAGCUGUGUGUCAGCGACUGCAAUAGUGUAAGCAGUCCCAAAUUACAAUAACUAACUUCCUGUUUAUUUACCAGUCACCCUAUACCUAUCCGGUCAUGACUUUAGUUUCCUUGGUAUUCACUACAGCCCUGGUAGUCAUCUGUCUGAAACAGUCUGACUGACCACCCAGACCCUUUUGUCGUCUCACUUUCUUUAGUCAUUUAUGUCUCACACAAUAUCUUUAAACACAGGAGUGAAGCCCCAUGAUAGAGACCAUCAGCCAUUUGCCAGUUUUGACAGGACGCCUGCUGGGCCAAACUCUUUUUUUUUAUUUUGCAACGACUCAAUGAAGCUUCUAUAAGAGAAUGAGUGGGCAGGAGAGUAGUGCUGCUGACGCCACAGAACACUAGAAUCCUGGGACUGAUUUAGAAACGAAGGCUUUUAAAGGGUUGAUAAGCCUCGCUGGAGCACGUCUCAGUGUGUGUGUGUGUGUGUGUGUGUGUGUGCAUGCUUUCUAAGUAAGUGAAGAAACACAACCAUAUUUUUAGCCUCUUGCCUGUUGCUUAGCAACCAUUUAUCUGCAAGCCGUUGUCUUCUUGACUGUUGCUGGUAUGUGUGAGACAUUGUGUGUGUCUAUGUCUCAUUCCCUUUUGAUGUUCCUCACUUUGCUUGCCCUUGUAGUGAAUGUGACAGUAUAGUUUGUCAGUCAUUUCUUCUCUCUCUGUGGGUGAAUUUCAACAUAUGUUGCUUAUCAUAUGUUCCUCUUUUCAACAUGUGUGUUUCUUUGCUUUAGGAUCCUCAUGCCUCCCCUUGUUCUCAUCUCUCUAUUGUUUGCACAUGUACAUGUGUCUUUGUGUGUGUCAGCUGGUGCUGUAACCUCCUUCUAAGGGCUCACCCUGUGUGUCCUGGCUGAGUUUCAUAUGCUAGAUUAAUGAAUUAGAGUGCGAACCUGUCCCACAGUCAAAAUGCCUGGAAAUUGGAUUCCCUCCCUAGUGUGUGUGUGUGUGUGUGUGUGUGUAUUUCUUCACAUUCCAUCCAUGAGUGUAUUAAUGCAUGGCUCGUUCUGAUGUUGGAAAUAAUGUAGUCAAGAGGAAGGUAUUUUUAAAUGCGGGAAAUGACAUGAUAUGAAAAAUAUAUAUAGAUGUUUACAAAGACCACACUUUUCUUUUUUCUCUCUUUUUUUUCUCAAAGAUUAAUUAAAACUUCACUGGCAAAUGUGCCAAAGUUUCUCUGUGAUGUUUCUACUCAUGAAAAUGAAGCCUAAUUUCAUUUAAGGUUGUGGAUAUUUUAAAUUAAGAUGCUAAUUUCACUAAAUGCUUAGCAAUCAGCAAAUGUACUUCAGUAGGCAAUCAUUUUUAGACUGAUACAAUUAGCCAGUAAGUAAAUUUGCCAGUUUAUGUUUGUAAGGAGCCUUGGAAAUGUUUGGGCACUUUUUUUUGGCAGUGGUUCACAUCCGAUGCAAAUUUAAUAAAUGAUCAGCUGGCCCAUAUCUGGACAAUCAGGCCAGGUUUUUGAUGUAACAAGUAAAUGAAAUGCUCAGUCUGUCUCACAUAGUGCUGAUCCUGACUGAAGAAACAAUUUGCAUUGAAUAGGCCAAGAUGUAUUUAUACUAACUUGUUUCUAGUCAUUCAAAGCUGCUAUUUGCCAGUUCUUUAAGACAGACAUAACUCCAAAACAUGUCCUAAACUGCUUUAUAGAAAAUCCCAUCAUACCACAAUAUCACUUCAUAUCGCCCCUGGGAAAUGCUUGCUGUGUUGAAUGAGGUCAACCUGCAACUCUUCUUGUACAUGCAUUUCUUUAUACAUUUGUUUCAGUAAAGUUAAAUGCCUCUGUUUUAUCAGCGUUCACCACCGUUUGUUUAGCUGUUAUCUAACCUGGCAACAUGAGAAGCUCUGCCAUAUUUAUAGCACUGGCCAGAGGGGAGCAAUUGUUGGACGUUUAUACUCUCACGCAUAUAAACACACAGAGAAACACACACCUGGGACCUGACCAGCACAACCAUUGUGUUGCUCUGUUGGGUGAUAAACAGCUCUGUAGUUCCGUGAUUUAUCCUGUGGCACCUUGGGAAUAGCAGACAAGGUAGGGAGGUGAGGGUGCUUUCACUUCUCUGCAUUACAUUUCAGGUGUGUGUGUCUGUUCAUUACAUUCACUUUCUAAUACAAACCUAGGCCUAUUGGAAGUAAAAAAAAUAAUAAAACACCCAAACUCUGACUUUGAGGUUUCAAACUGUUUGUGUUUUGUUUUGUUUUUUACUCUAUUGCAUUUUUUCCUCUCUUGUUCGUCUCUGUCAGUUUCUGAACAACCAAGUGGCAGCUGUUAUUCCCACAGCAACCCCAUGGUAACCAUGACGGCGAGACACGGCUCCAUCCUCCACCAGAGGAGAACGAGACAAAGAGUAAACACAAUAGUCCUGAGGGGCAGAGAGAGCAGUGGAUGAGGAGAAAUCAGGGGAGAGAUGCGGUCAGAAACAAAAAGAGACAGGAAGAAAGAGUGAGGAGGAAGAUGGAGGGAAAGCCAGACAGAUAGAGAAGGAGGGAUGUGAAUGUGACCGGAAUAUAAGACAGACACAGAAAAACCAAUAAACAAAUGGAAAUAUGAGAAACAAGUGAUAGAGCUGGUGCUCACUCGGAGUCAUCCAAUGGGAUGAGGAAGACGACAGGAAGCGGCACACUACAUUGAUUGCCUUGCCUCUCCUGGGUCCAGAUGCUUGCCUCUGUACAUAAACUGAUCUUGACACUUCUUAGUUGGUUAAUUGGCUCUGCAGGUUUUUCUUAAUGAUACUCAUCUAACAAAGUAUUGCUCUUCAUCAAAAGAGGAAACUUUUGCUUCAGCCAGCUACUGAAUAAGCAUUAAAAUGUGUUUCAUAAAAUACAAAGAGUGGGUUUUCAUUUAAGUAUUUAUACUGUAUGUGACUGAAUGUAAAAGCUAUAUGGACUGAGGAUUUUCUCAGUAUCACAAAAAAAAACAACUAUAAAUAAAGCCUGAAGUAAAAAUGUACUAUAUCAGAUCAACUCCAUUUUGCAGUAGUUUGCUGGUGGUUCAGCUACAUUUAUAUUUGUGUAGUGACUGAAGUAGUAAAAUUACACUUUUGCCAUUUUUGUGUAGUUAGCUGCUGCAACUACAAAUAACUUUGGGGCAUAAAUAGAAAGGAAUGAUUUUAAUUUUUUUAUUUUACCAUUGCUUCUCUAACCCUAAACUCCUAUUGGAUAUGAACUCUGAGAGACUGCUCAUAUGUCAUAUAAACAAGAGAUUCUACUCUGAGAAGUAGCAAUAAAAGAUAGGCUCAUUUAGAUCAGUGUUCAAUGUGUUCAGAUGGUCUGAAAGGUGUAGACUGCUUUAGUUGUUAAGUUUGUACAAGUCAGAUGUUGCAAAAAUGACAAGUAACACAACAGGCUCAUAUUUGUUACUAUUUUAGAUAAUACAAAA